UCCGCUUCCACUCACUUGGGUGUUGUCUGCGUCCACUUGGAGUUUGGAGCCGUUAUCUUCGCAGUCGUCGUCGUACGCGUAGCAAAUCUCUUCCGUUAGUCAGCAUGGGCGUCGAAGGCUGCACCAAAUUUAUCAAGUACCUGCUCUUCUUCUUGAACUUCUUCUUCUGGCUGGUGGGAUGCGUGAUUCUGGGCGUGGCCCUGUGGCUCCGACACGAGCCUCAGACCAGCAGCCUGCUGGAGAUCAACUUUGAAGGACAGCAGGCGCCCAGCACCUUCUACAUCAGCGUGCACAUCCUGAUCGCGGUGGGCGCGGUGAUCAUGGUGGUGGGCUUCCUGGGAUGCUACGGCGCCAUCCAGGAGUCGCAAUGCCUGCUGGGAACGUUCUUCGCCUGCCUCGUCAUCCUGUUUGCCUGCGAAGUGGCCGCCGGAAUCUGGGGCUUCAUGCACAAGGACACCGUUACCAAGGAGAUGAUCAACUAUUACGACUCCAUCUACGACAAAGCCAUGACGCAGAGCCUCAACGUCGACACGGAGAAGAAGAAGGCGGCGGCCUCCGUGCUCAAAGUCUUCCACGAGACGCUGAGCUGCUGCGGCAAGGGUCAAGGCACGUCCAUCCUAACGCAAAUCACGGACGCGGUGGGCAUCACCGAACUUUGUCCCAGCUCCGGAACUUCCUAUAACUGCCACACCCGCAUCAGUGAGCUGUUCUCCGACAAGAUCUACCUGAUCGGCAUCAUCGCCCUGGCGGUCGCCGUCAUCAUGAUCUUCGAGAUGAUCUUCAGCAUGGUUCUGUGCUGCGGCAUCCGCAACAGUCCCGUCUACUAGGAGCUCCCGGCGUCUUUCCUCUGAGCAAGAAGCGUAUUUAGCUUGCUGGAUUCCCGCACGCCGGCGUUUCGGCGCCGCCAGUCUUUUAUUCCCCAUGCUGGAGAUCCCCCCCGCCCCCCUCCCACAAACCCCCGUCCCACAUGUAGAUACACAACGGUAUAGCCUCCUUUUUAAAAACCUGUGCGCCCUCCUCUGGCAUUUUGGGUACAUUUUUUUUUUUUUUCAAUUAUUUUCAUUUGAUUAUCAUUUUGGUAAAUGUUUAAAGUUGUUUACUCUUCCGCAACAUUUACACUCUUUCUGGCACAUUUUGCUCCCUCUGCACCCCAAUAAUGUACUUCCACCAAACAUGCUGGAGAAUAUUAAAUGAUACACCCCCACCCCUAAAAAAAAAAAAAAAAAAACUGCAUUCUGCCCAAAAAAAAAUUCCCAAACAUUUAACAUUUAUCUGUUUAACUCGUUAACUUUCAGUUUUAGAACUUAUUCGCUGAUUUUUCCCAAGCCACAAAAAUCAUUUUCUGUGGCGAUAUGAGCACUGAAUCUAGGAAAAAGAGGAGAAUGUCGUCUUUCACCAGAAAAAAAAAUAUUUUUUGUUCCUUCCUGAGAAACUGUAGAACACGUGUUGAGGAAAGAAUGUUUUUCAAGAGAAAUAUGAUGCUAAUUUUUUUGUUUGUCUAUUUUUAGGGCGUCUCAAACUAUGCAGCCACAAAAGCAAGACCAAGAAAGGAUUUUGAAUGGCAAAAUAAUCAAUUAUUUACUGAUAUACAACUAAAAAAUAUGACGUGAGCGCCGCUGACGCGCCACAUUGUUUCCCAUGAUCGCGACGGCCACUUUUGACGACCUUCCUGACACAUACCGUACUAAAUCGUCGAGAGAUCUAGUGUGCCUAAACUUUUCUGACGUCCUACCUGUUGACAUUUUUCCCCCUCAUAAUCGAUGUGACAGCUGAGAUUCAUCAUUCUCCAUCUGAAAAGCGAUUCUGAACUCAAUCCAAAGUGACGAAACAGCACCAUCUAGCGGCAGGUGUAUCUCAUCUACACUUACAUGGAAGGUUGAAUUUUGCAGGUUUAAAAACUUGUUACUGGUAAAAACUGACAAACUUCCCCUACAGUCAAUAAGUUAAAUUCAUCUUUUACGAUCUGAAAUUGUGUCUACCCCCCUCCUCCUCCCCCACCGCCCCAAAAAUCACGUCCGUUAUCUGCAAAUUAUUAUUUUGCAUGUAUAAUUUUUUUUUUCGCCACAAAGGUCUCCAAAGGGCACAUUUGAGGAGGGCACACUGGUUGUUAAUAUGUACCCCCCCCCCACCCCACCUCCCCAAACUGUUUGAUGUAUAAACUGUGUGUAAAUAUAUAUAUAUAGAUAUAUUAACAGUGCUUUUUGAGCGCAUGGAUAUAUCCUUCACUGCCAGACGAUGGCGCUCUUACGUCACGGUCCUUGCUUGCAGUCCCACGUUUUUUUUGGGGGGGGGGGAACCGGAACCGGAACCAAAAGUCUGGAUGCUGUCCGCCGCUCGUUCGCAUGCUGACGUCCGUUCAAAAGACAAAAAAAAAAAAUCAAAAACGGUAUGCUGAAAAAUUGGUCCAAGUCUCAGGCACGGGUGUCCAAAUACAUUUUUCACUUUUAAAAUGACUAAUUCUCAUGUUACCUGCAUUUAUGAAGGAUUCCCAAAAUAAUUGAUUUUUUUUUUUAAACUUCCCAAAACGUGACUGAGCUUCAGCAACGUGGUCAAACAGAAAUGGCAAAAUGUUUGGUUAAAAACAUUAACAUUUAACUUUGUCAAUAAUUAUAAAAAACUUUCAUAAUGAAGUCUCGAAAUAUUUUCCUUUUUUUUUUUUUUAUUGACCUGUGCCGUUUUUAAAAUUAAAUAGUAAAGACCAUGAGCGGGGAAAAAAUCGUAAUGUUCUGAGAAUUUUGUGCUUGGACGAUAACACACGUAGCCUGGCUUCCCUAAUAUUAGUAUUUUGUGCAAAAGUGGCAAAAUGUUUGUUCGUGACGCGUUACGCGCCUUUAAGAGGAUUACAUAAACGAGUUCAAAUGUUGAUUUUUACAUUUUAUGCAACACAGAAGUAGUAAGAUGUUUGUUUGCGACAUUUUUCAAAGCAGUAGAAUAUUACAAAGGAGAAAAAAAGUCAUAAUCAUACCAGAUUUUUGUUUUGUCAAUAACAUUUUUUGUACGUGUUGAAAGGAAAACAAGUCAUCAUUUUGAGAAGAUUUUUGAUUUAAUAGUAACACAAAUCAUGAUCAUGUUUAAUGAACAAAAGUCAUUAAAAAAUAAUCUGUUCAUAACA